GGUUCGGGGAUGCGGCCGUUGCUUUGUGGUACAACUACUCGAUACCCCACUGUGCAAUUACUCAGUGCCUGGUGGUGAGCGGAGGCUGGGUGGCGGGGCUUCAAUUAACGCGCCAGAACGCGUCUGGCCUCCAGCGACAUUACGCAGCGACUGCAAGCACCGGCAGAAGUCCUGAACUUGCCGCCACAUCGCAGCAAGCAUAGCAACCAAACGGCCAAUGCGUGUUGCAAUGGCCUUGGGUUUCGCAAACUGUUCUUGGCCCCGGCGCUGAGCGCAAAUUCACAAUCAUCGGAACAGAAACGGAAACAGAACCAGAAUCAAACAUGGAGGAAUGGAGCAAGCGACAUUUCUUCUUCCAUGGCAAGAAGGGCCAUGAUUCGGAAAAGAAAGACUGCCACUGGUGUCAGAUUCGCUCCUUCAAACAUCACAACGAAUUCCCUGUCACCAUCAUCAACCACAUUGACAACACUGUCCCCAGCUCGCAUUUUCGUUUCACCGACCACUCCGUCUAUCGCCGAGGCGUCGAACCUGCUAGAGAUGAGUUCCGUAGCGGCUGCGACUGUGAUCACGGUGAGCAAUGCCAGUACGAUACCUGCCACUGUCUGCAGGAGCUGGAGGACUCGGGCGACGAUUCCGAAAUGGAAUACGGCACGCACGGCGACGCAUCACCGAAAAAGGCCUACGCUUACCACACGCAUGGCAUCAAGAGAGGGCACUUGAGGUCAAAGGUUCUCGAAUCCAGGGAGCCCAUCUACGAGUGCCACGACGGAUGCGCCUGCGGCCCAGACUGCCCAAAUCGUGUGGUGGAAAGGGGCAGGAGAAUCCCCCUUCAGAUUUUCAGGACCCCCAAUAGAGGCUGGGGUGUCAGAAGCACGGUGGACCUCAAGAAGGGCCAGUUCGUUGACACGUACAUGGGGGAGGUCAUCACGCCGGAAGAGGCAGACCGCAGAAGGGCCCUAUCAGACAUCGCGUCGCGGAAAGACGUAUAUCUGUUCGCCCUCGACAAGUUCUCGGAUCCCGAGUCCCCAGACGAGAGGCUCAGAGGCCCGCCCCUGGAAGUCGACGGGGAAUUCAUGUCCGGCCCCUCCCGGUUCAUAAACCAUUCCUGCGACCCGAACCUGCGCAUUUUUGCCAGAGUUGGGGACCACGCAGACAAGCACCUUCACGACCUGGCAUUCUUUGCGAUUCGGGACAUCCCGAAAGGUGACGAGCUCACGUUCGACUACGUGGAUGGAGUCAAGGACGACGACAUGGUCAAUGAUGCUCUCGACCCGGCCAAGAAAAAAGACAUGGCAAUUUGCCUUUGCGGGACCGCGAAAUGCCGUGGGUUUCUGUGGUGAAGUGAUGUGUCUCCAAGUCUGCAGAGCUCAUCAUGCGGCAGACAAAUGUACAAGAAAGAUUGCAAGGAUCAAGGAAGAACAGCCGGCGAAGGAAAAGGAAGAUAAAAACUAGAAAUCGAAUUUUAGUCGUAUGAAAUUGCUCGUGGUAUCUAUCGGCAAGUCGUGAUGAGCUGUAACCCGACGGCAUUCUGAUUCUAUUUCGGUGCUCCCGACCCCCUUGCCCCUAUUGCAUUACAUACAUAGC